GACCUGCACGUUUUGCCCGGUCAGCUUUCUUUCACCUCCACUUGCGUGUUCUCGGUCGUUGUCGUCUCGGCCCCUAUCGCCCUCUGAUCUUUAUCGCCUGCUCACACGCGCGACGUGUUACCAACUCAACAUGGAUGAAGACUACUCGACCGGGUCGGUGGACGCCGACCGCGAGAUGACCAGACUCUGGCGCACAUGGAGAACCGUCUUUGAGAUGCUUCUGGACCGGGGCUACGAAGUCACCGAAGACGAAGUGCAAAUCCCGCUCGCGGACUUCAAGCGAAAAUAUUCCGACCCUCUAGGAUACCCCGACCGCAACAAAAUGAAAAUCAGCGCGCGUCCCACCGAAGCCAUGCAAACCAAAUACACGCCCUUACCCAGCAAAUCGAACCCGUCCCCGCAGCCCGACUGCGGCACGAUCUACGUGGAAUUCUGCCCGGAUUCGACCGGCGUGGGCACGAAGCAAGUCCGGGCGUUCAACCACUUCGUGGACGAGAACAACUUCCACACGGGGGUGUUCAUCACGCAGACGCCGAUCUCCCCCUCGGCGGUGCGCCUGCUCAGCGGCGUGCCCGGCCGCAUCUGCGAGCACUUCCAGGAGCAGGAUCUGUUGGUCAACAUCACCCGGCACGAGCUGGUGCCCAAGCACGUGCUGCUCAGCCCGGACGAGAAGGCUCGCCUGCUGGAGCGCUACCGCCUCAAGGAGUCCCAGCUGCCCCGCAUGCAGUUUACGGACCCCGUCGCCCGGUACCUCGGGCUGCGGAAGGGCCAGGUCGUCAAGAUUAUUCGGAAGAGUGAGACGGCUGGGCGGUAUGCGAGUUAUCGGUGGGUGCUUUAAAAGACCCUUUGAUUUGUUGGGAUGGGAUUGGGGCUGAGAGAGGGGGUGAUGGGGAUGGUGGGAUGAUUGGGAGACUCUUACCUUCCAUGUACUAUGAUGCAUCAUGGAAACUUGGGUCCCAGGGAGAGAUGGAGAGCAAAGAAAAACAAGAAAGAAAAAUAUUUGUCUAAUUACAGGCAUCGGGCAGCAUGGCGUAAGGGCGAAAAAGUUAUUCUCUAACCAAACUCGAUGUGUUUUCGUUUUUUAUUUUACCCAUGGUUCGAUGAUUUGGUGACUGGUAGCUUCACCUGAAUACUACUCUACAUAUUGUUUCAUAGCCUUUUGCACACUCACUACAACAAAU